AAUACGGAGGACGCUCAAUUGGUUAAUGAUCUAAGUGCGACGCCAGUACAGACGAGCGUCGAAACGCAAUUACGCUUGCAAAUAGAAAACUUGCAAGAUAGAAUAAAAAAUCUGGAAGAGCAGAAUGCUAAGAUUGCCGAAGACAGUAAAUCAGCACAGAUAAAGAGUGGUAAGUUGGUGAAAAAGUUGAAGGAGUAUAAAGUGCAAAUAGAGAGCUUGCAACAACAAUUGAAGAUGCAGAAGCAGGCUGGUAGCUUUUUCGAUCUGGAUACGGCAAUCGAAGAGGAGCUGAAAAUGCAGAUCGCCAGUUUAGAGAAAACUCUUAACGAAAUUAAAGAAAAAAAGAAAAAUAUUAUUGCUGAGAAAAAGGCUUUACUGAAACGAUUUGAUGUGGUAGUGUUACGGGCUAACGAAAGGUACAUGGAGAUGAAGGAGAAACAGGAUAUGGAAGUCGAGGUACUGCGUAUUCAGAAUAAG